GAGCAGCCCGAUCCGUCGCACAGCGUAGAGGCCGGCAGCGCUACAGCAGCUUCCUGUUGUAGUGUGGUAGUGCUGGAGCCGCACAGCAGAGCACGCACAGAACAGAAGAAGGAAGAAGCGCUGAGAUGUAAUCGCGGAUGUGGGUGACAGAGCUGACACUAGUCUGGCCAGCCUCCUGCGACACACAGUACCGCUAUGAAUCCGGAGGAGCAGACUGUUACCUGGCUCAUCUCCCUUGGGGUCCUCAACUCCCCAAAGAAGAACAUCUGUGACCCAGAAGACUUUUUAAAAUGCUCCCUAAAGGACGGGGUGGUACUGUGCAAGCUGAUGAGCCGGCUGCUUCCAGGCUCCGUGGAAAAGUUUGUUGCAGAACCAAAGAGUGAAGCUGAUUGCCUUGAAAACAUCAGGGAGUUCUUGAGAGCAUGUAGCUCUCUCCGGGUCGAGCUGUUUGAUGCAGAUGACCUUUACACUGGCGAUAACUUUUCUAAAGUCUUGAGCACUUUAUCUGCUGUCAACAGAGCUACUGAAGAACAGACGUCAAGGAGGCCAUGUUCUCGGACACCCUCUCAGUCACAUAGCUUUGCAGCGCCGUCUCAAAUAAAUCCUCAAGGAACAGAUUGUUCAGCAAGAGUAAUAAGGAGACAGUCGAAACCCAUGGACAUGACAGGAAAUGGCGGCAGUCAGUUAGUUGUGAAAGCAAAGUUUAAUUUCAAACAGCAGAAUGAAGAUGAGCUGUCAUUUUGCAAAGGGGACACUAUUUAUGUCACCAAAAUGAUAGAUGGUGGCUGGUGGGAAGGAUCUCUGAAUGGCAAAAUGGGCUGGUUCCCUAGUAACUAUGUAAAAGAAUGUAAACCCAAUGAUAAACCACUCUCCCCAAAGGCACUACAAGUUUGUGAUGUUACACAGCUAACCAAAAAUUAUUACACCGUGGUAGUGCAGAACAUUCUGGAAACAGAGCGAAGCUAUGCUAAAGAACUUCAGUUACUCCUGUCAUCUUACCUCAGGCCACUUCAGUCAUAUGAUAAAUUGAGUGCUGGAGAUAUAACGUCACUGCUGGGAAAUUUUGAGGAAAUCUGCACAUUUCAGCAAAUGCUUUGUCAGGCAUUAGAAGAGUGUGCAAAGGCACCAGAAAAUCACCAAAAAGUAGCAGGAUGUUUUUUGAGUUUUUUCAAUCAAUUUAAGUGUCUGUACUUGGCAUACUGUGCAAAUCACCCUACAGCUGUUAAUGUUCUCACUCAGCACAGUGAUGAAUUAGAGAAGUUUAUGGAAGCACAAGGAGCAGCUAGUCCGGGAAUCCUGAUGCUGACAACAAGCCUCAGCAAACCCUUCAUCAGACUAGAAAAAUAUGUCACUGUUCUUCAGGAACUGGAAAGACACGUGGAGGAAGCACAUCCAGAUCAUAAAGAUGUUCUUAGAGCCACUGCAUCAUUCAAGGCCCUUGUGGCACAGUGUCAGGACCUGCGGAAGAGAAAACAGCUGGAAUUGCAGAUUCUUUCUGAACAGAUCCAGUGUUGGGAAGGAGAUGACAUUAAAACACUGGGCAGUGUUGUGUAUAUGUCACAGAUUAUGGUGCAGUGUGGAGCAAGUGAGGAAAAAGAGGAGAGGUAUUUCAUGCUGUUUCCAAGUGCACUAUUAAUGCUGUCUGCUAGUCCACGGAUGAGUGGCUUCAUUUAUCAGGGGAAAUUACCACUGACUGGAAUGUCGGUAGUUAGGCUGGAGGAGAGUGACACUUGUACUCAUGCGUUUGAAAUAGCAGGGCCUAUGAUUGAACGCAUUGUAGUCCACUGUACUAAUAGUCAGGACUGUCAAGAGUGGAUUGAUCAUCUGUACCGCCUAACCAAGGCUCCCGGGUCACACACCUCUUUGUGUAAGACAACGUCUUGGACAAGCCACUCAUUCACAGACAGAAAAAAUCCUGUUCCAUCUCAUCACUCCUAUUCAGCAGUUCCUCAUGGACCCCUGGAACCUGCCAAAAUCUACAAAACCUGGACUCUGAGCUGUCUGCGACCAGCUCCUCCACUGAGGCCCUCAGCUGCACUUGGCUAUAAAGAGAGGAUGUCUUAUAUCUUAAAGGAUUCUAGCAAGAGUCCAAAAAAUCAAGUAAAGAAAUUUCUUCCCAAGAGAAAGCCAGAGAGAAAACCGUCUGACGAAGACUCUUUCAGGAGAAGCACUGUAGCAUUGGAAGAAGACGCACAAAUUCUUAAAGUGAUUGAGGCGUAUUGCACAGGAGCCGGCUUCCAGCAAAACCUCAGUUCUGGCACCCGCAAAGACUCCGCACCACAGGUCCUGCUGCUCGAGGAUGAAAGUCUGAUUAUUGAUGAUCUGAGGAGUAAUGGCCAAAGUGCUCCAGAGGAGAAAAGCCUUGUAGACACAGUCUAUGCUUUGCGAGAUGAGGUCAAAGAAUUAAAACAGGAGAAUAAAAGGAUGAAGCAAAGUUUGGAUGAAGAGCAAAAGUCAAGAAAGGAACUAGAAAAGCUGGUUAGGAAAAUAUUAAAGCAAACCAGUGAGGCUGCAUGUGAGGACCCAUCUCAUUAGCCUGCAUGCAGCCCCGUCAUGUUCAGAGAAUGGUCACCGACAUGUAUUGCAAGGACUACAUAAUAUGAACACUGAAAGACUUUUUGAGAUCCUAAAUCUAUUCAGCAGUAUGUAACUUGUGGAUAACAGCCAUUGGUACUGUAUGUCAACGAGAAAAUACUUUUAUAUGUCUAUAGUUGGAAUUGAUCAGAGGAACUGCAGCGUGUAUAAUAUAUAGGUUUGCAGGGUUAAGCAAGCCGUAAGGACAUGACUAGAGAGCACCUGCUGCCAUAUUGUAGGACAAUCCAAGGCAUCAUAUCUAUUCAGUAGGAGCUAGCAACAUCACUGGCGCAUGAGAAGCAAGUGAACGGGUGGGCUGAAUAUUGGACCGAUCCAUUGUCUACCUACUUUGUGUGUAGGCAGCUAGUACCCUUCAGCUGCAGCUCUCAUUGGUGGUUGGUGUAUGAUCUAUGGAGUUCUUACUGAAAAACUGCUUGAUAGUAGCGGAUUAUGUGUUGGGGAUAAUCUUUUUCUGUGAUGUUAGGAAUUUCCAAUAAUAUGGAACAAAGGGAUAAUCUUCCAUUUUUAUUUAGGAAUCAGAAAAAUAGUGCACAAACUGGGUAGAUCCAUCAAAAGGGUGUCCCUUUGUGGCAGUGUAAGUGAAAUAUGUGCCAUCAUUCCAGAAAAUUAUUCAUUGGAAAUGUACCAUUUUCUGGAAUGCCCUUAAAUCCAGUCAGCCGAUCUCUGCUGUGAGCCUGUAUUUACAGUCCUCUAUCACCCCACUAGCGACACACCUUGGGAUCUGGCUGAGUGCCAAAUGGACAGGCCCAAGUCGGUCAGUGGGUUGGGUGUGGCCGAACUGAAAGUUGAUCUUGUUUGUGGAGCUAAUUAGUUUCAGUGGAAGGAUCGGCCCACAUAAGUGUAAUAUGCAAACUGCUUUAUUAUAAAUUCCUUUUUCUUCAAAUUGCGUUCACUUGUGAAAUUCCUACUUCAUUCUAUUUGAAUCAGUAGUGCAAUAGUGGAAUCUGCCAUGAUAUGACAUUAGAAGAUGGAUGGUUCCCCCAGGCGCUAGAGCAAUUCCCUAGCAGUAUUUUUGAGUUUGAGAUUUGCAGCUUUGAUUGAUAGGCUCGCCCUAUUACAAUGAUUUAAAGUUUAACAAAUCACUUAAAGUGCCUUUUUAUGUAGGGCAGAUAUGUACAUUCGGUGCACAGUAAAGGGGGAGUGUAUUAGGAGAUUUUAUUUAUAUUUGACUUCAAAGGCUUGAAUUGUCUACUGGGUCCUGGGGGAAAUCUGUCUUCUGCUCUUUUUAUGAAUGUACAGUGCACUUCAGGAUGGCUAUAAUGACCACACAGCAUCAUUUAUACAUGUGUCUGUGUCUGUGUGACGCUAUAAUCUGUGUUGGAGCCAGCAGAAACAUAUGUGAGGGUUAUAGAAAGGUAUCGCUUACCAUGCUGUUAGGACAUGCUGUAGUGUAGUUUAUAAAGCAGUGCCCCCCGUCCUUCUGCCUUGUUGGGGUUUUGUUACCCCUUUUAUUUGUUGUCAAAAAAACAUUUUUAAUGUUGGUGUAAAUUAUUCAUGUAAAAAUUCCCUUAGGUCAUCAGCUGAUAACACACAGUAAAGGCAUCAAUGUUGUUUUCUGAAUCAAUAAUCAUAUGAAUGCAGGUGUUCACUAGUAGACUGUUCUAUCACUAGGGGGAGAUGUGUCAAAGCUUCGAGAGAAAUAAAGUGGAGACGUUGCCUAUAGCAACUAGUCACAUCCUAACGGUCAUUUUUAUAGAUUGUGCUAGAUAAUUGACAGAAGUUGCUUUGUUACUAUGGGCAACUGCUCCACUUUCUCUUUCAUAGGUUUGAUACAUCUCGUCUUAGUCAAGAUCAACAUCAUCGGUGAUGUCACUGGACUGUAGUGGUUUAUAGGCUACGUUCUCAGGAGUGCAAGUUUAGCCCACAAGAGUCUGCCUCUACAGAGUGUAGAAAGCAGUUUCCUUUUUAAAGGGAAAUAAUAACAAUAUAUAUAUAGUUUUACUGUCCCGUAUAGAUUAUUAUAUAAAUACUUACUAUGCGUCCUAUACAAGUAAUUUCAUUGCAGUUUUUAUGUAACAGUUUUCUUUAAAUCCAGCUAGCAGUUGCUCUUGUAAAAACAUACUGGAAUACUAGAGUGCAGAUGCAAAAGAAAUGUCUGCAUGCAGGGAAAAUACUGACUGCAUUGCAUUUAGCGCAGUCAUACCAGGCAGCUUCAUCUAUACACUGGGAUCAUUGUUCAGGUCGGACAUGCUUGCCUUCAAAUGUGUUGGGUACGGAAUCUCAACAGUCUGGAUGCUGAUGGUCAGAAUACCGUCAGCAACAUUUCGACUGUUAGAAUCCCGACACUUUUUGAAAGGUAAACUAACCAUCCCCCUCCCCCUAGUGCCUAACCUUCCCUCCCCCUAGUGCCUAACCUUCCCUCCCCCAGUGCCUAACCAUAACACGUUGUAGCAGCAGCCAAACAAUAACACUCCGCUCCCAUAGCCUAACCUUAACCCUGCCCCUAAUGCCUAACCCUAACAUCCUCUCCUGCAGCCUAACCCUCCGUACCAGCAGCCCAAACCCUAACCCUCUGUACCAGCAGCCCUAACCCUACCACAGCCUAACCCUCCAUUCCAGCAGCCCUAACCCUCCCCUCCCACAGCCUAACCCUCCAUUCCAGCAGCCCUAACCCUCCCACAGCCUGACCCUAACCCUCCCCCUAGUGCUUAACCCUAACCUUCCCUCCUGCAGCCUAACUCUAACCCUCCGUACCUGCUGCCUAACCCUAAUACCCCCCUAGUGCCUAACCUCCCCUCCUGCAGCCUAACUCUAUCCCUUAGUACCAGCAGCCUAACCCUCCCUACCCACAGCCUACCCCCCCCCCCAGUGCCCCUAACCUCCCCUCCCCACAGCCUAACUCUAACCCUCCCCCUAGUGCCUAACCCUAACCUCCCUUGCCGCAGCCUAACCCUAACCCUCCGUACUGCAGCCUAACCCUAACAUCCCCUCCUGCAGCCUAACCCCCCUCUCCCGCAGCUAACCCUCCCCCUAGUGCCUAACCCUCCGUACCUGCAGCCUAACCUCCCCUCCUGCAGCCUAACCCUCCCCCUAGUGCCUAACCCUAACCUCUCCUCCCGCGGCCUAACACUAACCCUGCCUCUAGUGCCUAACCCUCCCCAGCAUACUUACAUAUGGGAUUCUGGCUUUCGGGAUUCUAAGCAGUGUCAGGAUUCUGGUGCCGGUCUUCUGACCACCAGUAACAUGAAUGUUAGGAUGGCAACUACAUUCCCUUCAAACUAUGCCCACACAUUUUAAACAUGACACCUCCCACUGCAGAACAGCAUGGUUUUGUCAAGCUGCAAAAUUGCACCUUAUGGAUGUAUUUACUCCUAAUUUUAAAUAAGGCCCUAAUUUGGUCAUUUUAAAGUCACCAAUGAGAUAUUUUACUACAUUAACACUUACUGCAGGGGUUCCCAACAAUGGCCCUCAAAGCACACUAACAGUCCAGAUUUUAAGGAUAGCCAUACUUAAGCACUGGUGCCUUAAGCAGUACCUCAUUUAUUUUGAUGAUACCAUCUGUUCUCAAACAUGGAUAUCACUAAAACCUGGACUGUUGGUGAUUCCUAACCACAGUCCUCAAGGCACACUAACAGUCCAGCUUUUAGUGAUAUCCAUGCUGGUGAACAGAUAGUAUAAUAAAAAUAACUGAGUUACUGCCUAAGUCAGCAGUGCUCAAGUAUGGCUAUCCUUAAAAUCUGGACUGUUAGUGUGCCUUGAGGACGGGUGGUAUUCAGUAUGCCGGCUGUUGGGAUCCCGGCGCUCAGUAUACCGGCCCUGGAAUCCCGACACCCGGCAUACCGACAACUAUUCUCCCUCUUGGGGGUCCACAACCCCCCCUGGAGGGACAAUAAAUAGCGUGCAACGCAGCAUGGCGAGCGCAGCGAUCCCACAAGGGGCUCAUUUGCGCUCACCCAGCUGUCGGUAUGCCGAUGGUCGGGAUCCCGGCGCCGGUUUGCUGGCCGCCGGAAUCCCGGCCACCGGCAUACCAUACUACACCCUUGAGGACUAUGGUUGGGAAUCACCCAGUUACAUUAUGCUUUAAGAAGGCUGCAGCUUCCAGCUAUAAGAAUGUCAUUAUUACAGAAUAACUCCACUUACCAAAUUUGUAACGAAGAUACUGUAUAAACUCUCCAGCUAAUAGAAGUAUGUGUCUCCAUUCCUAGACUCCAACACUGGAGUGCUACACUACAAAUGUAACUGGAACAGCGCUGGCAUUAUUCAGUACUGCUGAAAUGUGGGUCUCCUACAGUUUUGCUAAUUGGGGGGAUGGAUAUUGGAUAGAAAUAAUAUACUGUAGUUAUUGUGAAGCCUUUGAGAGUUUUACAACUUAAAUGACUAUGCCACAAUAUAUAAUUGCACCAGAGAAAGUGCAUUCAAUUUUACAGGACAUUCUCCGCCCAUGCACCCAGGAAGGGUUGUAAAUAGUUAACAGGUGUCUGAUAGGCCAUGAUUUCAGAUCUGUUUUGGCGCUGGUAUCUGUGUGGUAAAGAUAGGGGUGGAAUUAAAUAAUAGGAGUUUGGCACUGCAUACUUUUUGACUAAAGUUUUGUUGUUAAGGCCUCAUAGCUGGGCUUACGGUCAUUAGAUCGACAAGACUAGGUCGAACACUAUUGGUCGACAUGCACUAGGUUGACAUGGAUCAUUAGGUCAACUUGAACAAGGUCGACAUGGAAAAAGGUUGACAUGAGUUUUUCACUUUUUUUUUUCAUUUUUUUAACUUUUUCAUACUUUACGAUCCACGUGGACUACAAUUGGGAAUGGUAACCUGUGCCGAGCGCAGCGAUAGUGUAGCGAGGCACCUUGCCCGAAGCAUGGCGAGUGAAGCGAGCCAUGCGAUGGGACACGGUGCGCUAAUUGGGGUUCCCCGUCCCUUUACGAAGAAAACGAUACCAAAAAAGUAAAAAAAAACCUCAUGUCAACCUUUUACCAUGUCGACCGAUAGUGGCCGACCUAAUGACUGUCGAAUUAAUGACCCAUACCUGCACAUUAAUAUAUGCAACAGAUUCCACAGGCAAUCAAAGACGCUGAUGCAUUGUAAAUUUUUGGUGUUUAUUAAUUGUAAUAUAUCUUAUUAUGUAUUCUAUGUAACCAUCUAACCACUGCUUUUUAUUGUAUGGGAAUAUUCAACUAUAACAGGGAGGUCAACAGAUUGGUGUGUUGUUUUGAUGACUGUAAUAAGUAAUAUGGAUUUAUGGGGCUUUUAGAUAAUUUAUGUCCUGUUUAUUUAACUUUUGAUUUUUUUUUAAAUUUCAUUGUUCAGCAAAACCUAGAAACAUAGGGGCCACUUGUGAUUUUAUGCAGCGAUCAUAACGUCACUGAACACCUGUAUGUAUUAGUAUGAGUGUGAGCUGGCGUUCAGUUUGCUUUGUCAUUGUAAAAUGAGAUUGCGAUAGAAUAUUUAGCUGCACUGAGCAAUAAUAUAUUUCUCAGAGAUGGGCAUGGUCUUGUUUGACGCUACAAAGAAAGAAUAAAAAAUGUAGUCGAUUUUAAAUAAACCACCCUCCUCCCAACGAUAAAAACGUGGGGAUCCAUUGCACAAAAUCCCUUUGGGUCAGAACGGUCUCAAGCAAUAGAAAGAACUUUCUCUUCUGCAGUCGUAACGGCCUGGGGAUAUGUGCUGUAUAUAUAUAUAUAUAUAUAUAUAUAUAUAUAUAUAUAUAUAUAUAUAUAUAUACUGUGGAGAAGAGUUGUCUAGUUCAGCCAGCCAGCUCAUUGUAGCCUCUGUCACUGAUAGGAGUGAUUAACUUGCAUUAUACUAGUUGGGAGGAGGGGGGAUUAUUGUAAAAUGUGCUUCCUUCGUAGACUGGUUCCUUUAAAGAAAUAUUUAUAAUAAGAUAUCCUCCAUUCGGAUUACCAUUAAGUAAUAUAUGGGGGGGGGAUGUAUCAAAUCUAUGAGAGGGAUAAGUGGAGAAGUUAUACAUAGUAACCAAUCAGCUGCUUAGGCUAGAUACACAGUAUGCGAUAUAUCAUUCGUACGGCCAACGUACGAUACAUCAUUAAGUGUGUACACCUGGUAUGUCUGUAAAUGGCGUUGUUCACACACACACACCCCGCAUCAGCACAGCAGAUAUAUCUUGCAGGUAUACCUGUACCUACCAGUGUGUACGGACAACCGACCCUACCUAUUUGCCGUCUGCAGGUACUGCCGUCAAUGACUUCACAACUGGUUGGACAUAUGUAAAUGCCCUCCCAGGGCUGUGAUGUCUGGCCAGGCCUAUUGGACGGCCGAUCGGUAAGUCUGUAUGCUUACCAGAAUCCGUCAGCGGAACCAUCGGUCAACAGGUCCCUUGCUAAAGUGUGUGUGCAGCCUGUCUGUUAUCUAGCACAGUCUAUGAAAUAACAGUUCUAAGCUGAUAGGUUGCUACAGUAUGUUCAACUUCUCCACUUUAUUUCAAAAGCUUGAUACAUUUCCCCCAUAGUCUCUAACAAUACUUUCUUUGGUUUUAUAUAGAAUAAGUUCUUUGAUAGUAUACAGGCUUUGCUGGAAUUUGCUUAUUUAAAGAAGUAAUGCAAUAAGUCCGGCAGAUCACCUCUUAUCCUCUUAUUCAACAACAAUAUGCUAAUCUUCCAGGAUUGAGGGUUGACUCUAGAAAAAUGGUGAGAAGUAACAGACCUGCAAAUUGCAAAACAACUAUAAGGAGACCCUUCACAUUAUUACAAAUGAUGAUGCUAAAUUGGUCGUUUAAAAAGCAAUGAGGACUGCAUUAGGGCUGCAGAUACCAAAGCAGUCAUGCAACCUGAAGAUACUGUUAUACAAUGGAAAUGAAGCCAUGAUUUUAAUAAUAGGGUUAUUUCUUGUUUUUCUUAAGGGCUGUUUACAAAAUAUGUAAAUAUUAUUUGUUUCUGUUGUGCUGAAGCGUUGUAAGCAGCAACUUUAUCUAAUAUAUUUUGUUUUGGAUGCUUGUUUUGUUUUCUAUUUCUUUUAUAUCGCUACU